GCGACGACUCUUUGAAGCUUCCGUUGCUGACGUGGAUCACUCCUCUCCGCCACAAAAACAAAACAGAAAAACAAACUCAGACAUGAGCAAGAGCUAGCCGUCACUCUCACUCUCUGAUGUCUCACGAAUUCCGAUUUCAAUUCUAACUUAAACCAUAUUUCUCCGAUCAAACAUGGCGUCCGUAUCUCCAUCUCCGUCGUGUUCCACUAUACCCAUACCACUUCGACGAACAUCUUUCGCCGUUGCUGAGUUGAGACGAUUAAAACAAAGAAGAGCGAUCCCACCUGUGUCCGUCGGUCUCGGACACUUCGCUGAUGUUGUACGCAAUGACGUUGAUUUCCUGAAGAACAAAAUCGGUAUCGGACUCCGUUGGGCUAACGAGGCUUUUCGUGUACCGGAAGUGACUAAAUCCGCUGAGGAACUGUUUUGGCUUAGGCAUCUUGAGGAUCAUACUUCUCAGAAUUUGAAGUCACAAUCUUGGCCUCAGCCUUCCUACUCAGGGCUCACUGGGGUGGAUUUGUUCAUGGCUGAUGUCAAAGCCUUGGAGACAUAUGCUGGUUACUUUUACAGUCUUUCUAAGAUGUGGUCAAGACCACUUCCUGAAGUUUAUGAUUCACAAGCUGUUGCAGAUUACUUUAAUUGCAGGCCUCAUGUCGUUGCCUUUAGGCUUCUCGAGGUAUUUUCUGCGUUCACGAUUGCUGCCAUCAGAUUACGAACAUCAGCAUCAGUUAAGGGCAAAAGUUUAGAAGCUUCAGAGCAGAUUUUUGGGAUGGUGUUGAAAGAAACCAUGCUACAUUUGGGCCCAACUUUUAUCAAAGUUGGUCAAUCGCUUUCCACGAGGCCAGAUAUCAUUGGGACUGAAAUCUCCAAGGCACUAUCUGAACUGCAUGACCGAAUCCCUCCCUUUCCCUGGCCUGAGGCUGUAAAAAUCCUUGAAGGGGAAUUAGGUGGUCCUGUCGAAUCAUUCUUUAGUCAGUUUUCGCAAGAAACUGUAGCAGCAGCAUCCUUUGGUCAGGUCUACCGAGGAAGGACCCUCGAUGGUGCAGAUGUUGCAGUGAAAGUUCAGCGCCCUGAUCUGAGACAUGCAGUGCUACGCGACAUCUACAUUCUGCGACUUGGGUUAGGUGUAUUGCGAAAGGUAGCAAAGAGAGAAAAUGACAUUCGUGUAUAUGCUGAUGAGCUUGGAAUGGGUUUGGCUGGAGAAUUGGACUUUACUUUAGAGGCUGCCAAUGCCUCUGAAUUUCAGGAAGCUCACGCACGAUUUUCCUAUAUCCGGGUUCCAAAAGUAUAUCAGCAUCUAACGCGCAAAAGAGUUUUGACCAUGGAAUGGAUGGUUGGUGAAAGCCCAACCGAUCUACUCGCAAUAUCUUCUGGUUACUCUGAUCAUGACAAUGAGAGUCAUGAGAAACAAAAAAUUGAAGCGAGAAGGCGUCUUCUUGAUCUGGUGAACAAAGGGGUAGAGGCAACUCUAGUUCAACUCCUUGAUACAGGUAUUUUGCAUGCAGAUCCGCAUCCUGGAAACCUUCGUUACACAACAUCAAGACAAAUAGGGUUUUUGGACUUUGGUUUAGUUUGUCGGAUGCAAAGAAAACAUCAGCUUGCCAUGCUCGCAUCAAUUGUGCAUAUCGUAAAUGGUGAUUGGGCCUGUCUUGUUGAAUCGUUGAUUGAUAUGGAUGUCAUCACGCCAGGCGUUAAUACCCGUCGUUUUACUCUGGAUCUGGAAUAUGCAUUGGGAGAGGUUAAACUUAUAAACGGGAUUCCUGAUAUCGAGUUCACCAAGGUGCUUAGUAAAAUAGUCAAUGUGGCCCUGAAGUAUCAGCUACGCAUGCCACCAUACUUCACACUUGUCCUCCGUUCUCUUGCUUGCUUGGAAGGUCUGGCUGCAGCUGGAGAUCCAAAUUUUAAGACAUUUGAGGCAGCAUACCCUUUUGUGGUUCAAAAGCUCAUCACUGAAAAUUCAGCUGCAACAAGGAAGAUUCUUCAUUCGGCAGUCCUUAACCGAAAGAAGGAAUUCCGAUGGGAAAGGGUUGCUCUUUUCCUGAGUAAAAGUUCUACGAGGAAACAAUCGCCACUGCUAAAGUUAUCAAGGGAUGAAACUUCUGUUGAUAGUAGUUCCAAUCUAACGGACAAAGAUGCUGACAAUGUAAGUUUGGUCUUGAGACUUUUGGCAUCCAAAAAUGGUGUGGUUCUUAGAAGACUCUUGAUGGCUGCGAACGGGACUUCACUGAUCCGGACAUUUAUUUCAAGAGAGGCACUUGUCAUACGCCAGAAACUUUGCAUGACGAUUGCAACUACGAUGUACCAAUGGAUGGUUGGAAGCCUUGGAAUUGAAUCCCUUAAAUUCAUUUCUCUUUCAGACCCACCACCAUCUUCAGGAAUCAACAUUACAGUCAAAGACUUCAAGAUUCUAAUCAAUGACAAGCGGGUCAGAGUAAUACUGAGAAAGAUACUGGAGUCUGCAAAGAGUGACCGAGUUUUGAUGCUCAGAUUCUGCUGGACUUCCUUUGUCAUGUCUCUCACCACCACUGCGCUUGCUUGCCAUCGGUUUGUGAUCUCGGUCUCUGAAGGUUACGUCAACUACUUAUCUCUGUCUGCUCCAGUCGCACUUCGUACCUGAUUACCUGAACAUCCUACACCAACACAGAACCAGAAUCACUAAUGUAUAUUGUUGUCAAGACCCAAAGCAAAGGGUUCCUUAGUAAGAGGGAUAGAUUCUACAGAAAGACUAAAUAUUUUCGUGUAUAGAGUCGUUCCAUAUCUAAUCCUAUCAGACGAUCAAUGCCUGUCGUAACGAUAUAUGACUAAUCAUAAUAUCCGAGACCUCAAGGAAUCCUUUUGCUCUGCUUCAAGAACACUUAAUAGAGUUCUCCACUCUAAAAUGUCCUACAUUUACCGAAACCUCUUGGGCAAGUCCAAAACACAAAACAUAUUUGAUUGAAUAGGACAAGCGUUUGUGUAAAACAUAUCAG